AAAACAAACAUUUCGAAUCAUCAAAAAAUCCGUAAAAUUUAAGUGAAAAACUCGUCAAAAUAAGAAAUAAAAUAAUAACUUUCAAUCGGCAAGAUGAAUGAAGAGUACGAGGAUGAUGGAUGGAUGCGAAACAACACCGGAGAGAAGGAAUCGGCCGAUGAGAUAAUGGAAAACCCCCAAGAGGUCCUUUCUGAGUGUCUUGAGAAGUUUUCCACGCCAGAUUACAUCAUGGAGCCCGGAAUUUUCACACAGCUCAAACGUUACUUCCAAGCUGGCGGCACUCCGGAACAAGUCAUCAACCGUUUGUCGCAAAAUUACACGGCAGUCGCUCAAAUGGCAAAUUUGCUCGCAGAAUGGCUCAUCAUGGCUGGCGUAAAAGUCACCGAUGUCCAAGCCAUGGUCGAGAAUCACUUGAAAGACAUGAUCCUCAAAACGUUCGAUCCGAAGAAAGCUGACACGAUUUUCACGGAGGAGGGAGAAACGCCCGACUGGUUGACACAAAUGAUCCGUCAUCAUACGUGGCGUUCGCUAAUUUACCGUCUCGCCGAAGAAUAUCCGGAUUGUUUGAUGCUGAAUUUUACGAUAAAGUUGAUUUCGGAUGCCGGGUAUCAAAGUGAAAUUACGUCAAUUUCGACGGCAGCCCAGCAAAUUGAAGUAUUUUCGAGAGUUUUGAAGACUUCCAUCGCGAAAUACCUCACAAAUGCGGAUGAACGACAAAAGACGAUACAGGAACUUGCGAAAAUGGUGUGUCACUCGCAACAUACUUACGUUUAUUCGCAAGUUAUGAUCCAUUUAUUGGCUUUGGAGGCGAAAGGUGGCUCGAAUAUGAAGCGAUUAGCGGAAGAAGUGGCCAAAUAUGCAUUGGACCAAGGACUGAACAUCACUCCGAUCACGAUGGCACUCAAUAAUUCGUCACCACACCCAGCGGCAAGUCAAGCUCUGACCUCUAUGUUGUCCCGGAACAAUUUAAAUCCCGCAGAUAUCAAUGUACUGUAUCGCCAUUACUCGUCAAGUGAGCCUCCACCAAUCGAUUUGAUCCGAAAUCCGCAAUUCCUGAACUUGCUCGUGGAUUCGUUGUUCAAAACUGGCGUCAAAUUGAAUCCGGAACACAAAUCAAAGUACAUUUAUUUGCUAGCGUACGCUGCAAGUGUCUGCGAAACGCAACCCAAGAACGGACAACAAAAGAAAACGCUAAACAAAGACGAACUAAAGACGACAAUCGGUGCCAUUGAGAAAGUUCAUGCCAUUUGCAACGUCAACAAAGGCAGUUCCGAGCUAAUUGUCGAUCUUUGCACGCUUUAUCAAUGCAUCAAGUAUCCCGUAGUAGCUGUCGGCGUCAUUAGAUGGGUAGAAAAUACCGUAACAGAACCGUCUUACUUCAAGCUAUGCACCGACAGUUGUCCCGUGCACUUGGUAAUCCUCGAUGAAGUUGCUACACUCCAUACCUCACUUCACGAUCAAAUUUUGCAACUCAUCAUCAAACUUUUCGAAUCGAAACAAGACGAAUUGGAGAUUUUGGUGCAACUGGAACUGCGAAAAAUGCUGCUGGAUCGCAUGGUGAACUUGUUAGCGCGUGGCUGUGUCGUGCCCGUCGUCAAAUAUAUCAAGCAGUGUUGCGCGAAAGACGAUACCGAUAUAUCGUUAAUCCGUUAUUUCGUGACAGAAGUGCUCGAUACGAUCACGCAUCCAUAUUCGAAGGAGUUUGUGGAAUUAUUUUUGCCGAUGGUCGAAAAUGAGGAAAUUACGGGCACUAUGCGAGAUGGUGACAAUGAUGUCGUGUCAGAAUUUAUUGUUCGAACACGCAUGACUCGUGGUGCAAUCUAGGAUGAUGAAUGCAAGAGUGCGACAAAGACAAAGUUUUAUUCAAAUUCAUUUUAUUUACAACUUUUUUUUAUAUAUAAAUAACAAAUUCGUGUAAGUAAGAGAGUAA